AUGCCAGGUAGACACGUCCACUUCAACGAGGAGAACAUCUUCUACUCCCCGCCUCCAUCGGAAUCUACCCCCUCACCGACUUUCUCAGAGUCGUCGUUACCAUCCUCAAGUGGUCCAACUACGCCCCCUCACCUGGGGGGGUUUUUAAUGCCCUUGGUCCCCGUUGCCAUCCACCCUAUCCUUGCCUACCACCCCUACAUUUUCCCAGUCAACUACAACGUCUCAUACCCGCCCAAUACCGCCUCCGCUAACAUCCGUGCAUCACCCAUCAAUCUUGACUCCUACUGCCUCGCAGAACCAGCAACCAACCCACCCAUCCGUGUCCUCUCUCUCCAAAACGAUCUUCUCCCAUGGCGCUGUGAAAUUCGCGCCUCAACACAUCCCUAUGUCACCGUCGAGGACGUCCUUACCCAGCUCUACCGCUUCCUCCGCACACCAGGGACGCGCGAGGAGUUCAAAGCUGCUCCCAGCCAGCACGUACGGGACAGCGUUGCAGAAACGUACCACCAUCGGUGUUUACGCGCCUCAUCGGCUGAGGAGUACGCCGAAGAGCAGCGUAAGGGGUUGAAGCGGGUAGAUUUCUUAAUGGGGCGCACCACGUUCAUGGGGCUGUCCAGCACGAAAUUAGGUCCAGACUCAUGGGUGCUAAACCUACAAUGA